UUUAAUCUCCCAAUUCACUCUGCAAAUUCCAACAUUCUUUAAAUCUCCACCACCAUGAACAUGAUCUACCUCCUUCUUCUUCUUCUUCUUAUUUUUAAAUCAUGUAACUCAGAACCAGAGAUGAUCACCAUCGAUAUUCAUAAAGCGAACCGCCUUAUUCGCAAUGGUGACUACCGUUACCUUGACGUCAGGACUUCGGAAGAAUUUAUGAAGGGACAUGUUGAUUUUGAUGAUGCUCUUAAUGUUCCAUAUAUGUUUGAUACCCAUCAAGGUAGGGUGAAGAAUAGCAACUUCCUGGAACAAGUACUCUCAUUGUGCAAGAAGGAUGAUCAUCUUGUUGUGGGUUGUCAAUCCGGAGUUCGUUCCGUAUAUGCAUCAAACGUUCUUCUUGAAGCGGGAUUCAAGCAUAUAUACAACAUGGGAGGGGGCUAUCUUGCAUGGGUAGAGAAUGAUCUACCUGUGGCAGUGUUGACACCCAAAGGGGAGCUCUAAGCCUUUACUAUUUCCUAACUUAUGUAUGUAUGGUUUUAUUAUUCAGACUUGUACAUCACGAAUCUGGUUUUCUUUAAUAGAGUAUAUAAUAUAAUGUUAUUACAAGUAGAA